AUGCCGGGUCUGUUGCGGAAACUCGUCAUCGUCGCUGCAGUCGACGGGCUGAUUCUGCACGGGCAUGGCGUAAAUGGGCCCCGCCAUAACAAUGGCAGCAAUAACGAGGCCUCGUCCAUCCGGAUCGAGUACAAAACGAACAAGAUCACAGCUCUACCUCCUUGCACGGAGGAGUCGCUUGAGGGUCGCGAAUGUUUAGAGGCUUAUGGACUCGUCGGUCUCCUAUCAGUCGCGUCGUACUCAUUCUUGGUCUCUAUUACCCAGAGACAACAAGUCGCACAGAUCCAGGGCCGUCCUGUUUACGCAGUGACCAAUGUCGCGAUCAUCCCAAUGUCGUCGCAAGCGGAUGCCGCCCGCGCAAUUACACAGGCACAGAAGGAGGUAUCGCAAGGCGAUGCUGAUUUAGACUCUGAUUCUGAGGACGAUAUCACCAGACAUGCUACGGACGGCGCGGAUACAGAAAUUGGGAGCUUGCCGACUUCGCCCAAUCAGCAGGCAACAUAUCAUGGACGCGGUGCCAGCGUCAGUAGCAUAGCGGAAGAUGUCAUUGGGAAGCGCGUACCAUUUGGCCGAUUUGCCGCGAAUUGGCUAUCACGGAAGAACCUGGGAUUGUCGAGGCCUGGGGUACUGGGGCCAGAUGUGCCCGAGUCGCCCUUCAACGAUGCGCCCGGAGUGGAAAGUGCGGGUGUUGAUACAAAGGAGGAGGCAGAAGAUGAAGCCGUUAGCGCGGCCUUGCCUGCUGAUCAGAAUGAUGAUACGACACCUGCUGAUAAGGAUGAUCGUCCUCGUUCUGAUCAGGCGGCUGAGCUCUUGCCCAAGCUGCUGAAAUAUACGAAGCUGCUAUUUGCGUCGCAUAAUUUCUUUUUUGCAUAUAAUUACGAUCUAACGAGAUCUUAUGAGGCUCAGGAAGCACGCACAGAGCACUUGCCUCUCCACAAGGCUGUAGAUCCUUUGUACUUCUGGAAUAAACACCUGAUGUUUACAUUCAUUGAGAAUGGUGCUCAUGGCUUUGUGAUGCCAUUACUACAAGGGUUUGUUGGCCAGAGAGAAUUCACAGUUGCUAGUCCAGAGAAAAAACCAACGUCCGGGGCUGUCGAUGAGAAGCCGAUCGAAGCAAAGAUACUUGGCGAGAGCCAAGAGGCAGCCUCCGUGGAGACUGAACUUCCAAAGCGCAACUUUUUGUUGACUCUAAUUUCGCGACGAUCUGUCAAUCGACCUGGUCUCCGUUAUCUCCGCCGUGGCGUGGAUGAUGAAGGAAAUACAGCCAAUACCGUGGAGACCGAGCAGAUUCUCUCGGGGCCUGACUGGAACCCCUCCAGUAAUGUUUACUCCUAUUUACAAGUACGAGGGUCAAUCCCGUUGUACUUUUCCCAGUCUCCAUAUGCGUUCAAGCCCAUUCCAGUGCUUCAUCAUUCUGCUGAAACGAAUCAGCUUGCAUUUGGAAGGCAUAUCAGAGAAAUGAGCCGAAGAUACGGCAAGAUUCAGGCUGUGUCAUUGAUUGACAAACAUGCUGGGGAGUUGAAAUUAGGCGAGCAAUAUGAGAGAUACGUCGAUGUCUUUAACAAGGCCGGUGGAAUUGAUGGCUCGCCAAUGCGAUUGGAAUGGUUUGAUUUCCACAACGAAUGUCGUGGGAUGAAGUUCGAGAACGUCUCUCGUCUGGUUGAUCGUGUGAAGGAGACUUUGAAUGAAUUCGGCUACACUAGCGUUAAAGAUGGUGCAUCUUCGCUUAAACAAAGUGGCAUUGUGCGCACGAACUGCAUGGAUUGCCUUGACCGUACUGGAGUGGCUCAAUGUGCAUUCGGCCAGUGGGCUUUGGAGCGCCAACUUGAGAACGAGGGCAUCGUGAUUGACCUAGGCGGUGACUCAUCUACUCAGUGGUUCAAUACUUUGUGGGCAGAUAAUGGCGAUGCAAUCUCUAAGCAGUACUCGUCCACUGCUGCUCUGAAGGGUGAUUACACUCGCACGCGGAAGCGGGACUACCGAGGAGCAAUCAAUGACUUUGGACUUACGCUGUCGAGAUACUACAACAACAUCGUGAACGAUUAUUUCUCGCAGGCUUGUAUCGACUACCUGCUGGGUAAUGUCACGCCACAUGUUUUUGACGAGUUCUCCAUCGAGCUGCAGACCACUGACCCAGGUAUCUCGGUUCAGAAGAUCCGUCAAAAUGCAAUCGACACCAGCUGCAAGAUCGUUAUCAGCAGUCCCUCGGAAGAGUUCCUUGGAGGCUGGACCAUGUUGACCCCCCGACAACCCAAUACGCUGCGGACUCUUCCCUUCGAGGAAUCCGUUCUCCUUCUGACAGAUGCAGCAGUAUACAGCUGUCGCUUUGACUGGGAGACCGACAAGGUGCUCUCCUUUGAACGAAUUGACCUGCGCUCCGUAUCCCGUAUCCAUUACGGUACAUACGUGACCUCUAUCCUGACGGAGAGUCAAUCCAACGAGCGCACUAACGUUGGUCUUGUCAUCGUCUACCGUGACGGGGACGAGAACCUUUUGCGUGUCAACACCCGUUCCUUGCAAACUGAUGUCCGACCCGCUGCACUUGAAGCCUCCAGCGGCUCCACGGGAGAAUGGGAUCUGGUUUCCUGGCUGCGUGGCACCAAGCGCGCUACUACCCGCUUUGUCGCGUUCAAGUCUCUCCCACUGACGAAUGCGGGGACUAGCCCUCGUCUUGAGCCUAUGACUGGGAAUGUUCGUGAGCUUGAUCGCGUUCGAUCUAUCUGUUUGGAUAUCGAGCGUGCGAUGCUCACGGGUGAUGGACGGAAUGCCGAUGCGGCAUCGGUGGUCGAGGAGUCUGAUAUUAUUUCUUUGGCUGAUGCGAAGAAACGUACUGGAAUUUUGGAAUAUUUGGUUUAUGACAUCAAGAAGAUGGUUUGGGCAUGA